UAUAAUGCCCGUCAAAGUGAGCAAAAAAAUUGGGAAAAAGGUACUUCACUCAGCAGUUACUCGACCGCUGUGAACUCAAGUGUUCGCCAAUGUCUGCCGCUUCGCCUCCAGCAGAAACCCUAAACCCUGCAAUGAUCGCGCCGGAGGAUUCAUCGGACCAGGUCCCAUUACCCGAAGCUCUGCCCCAAAUAGAACCCGACGAAACCAAACCAUCCGAGAAGCGAAAACGGGAGGAAGAACCCGACCCGGAUUCGCGGCAGAACCCCCUCUGGAAGACGACUCUGUGCUCCUACUUCCGGAGGUCGGACGGGUCCUGCAGCCACGGAGACUCUUGCCGGUACGCCCAUGGAGAGGCAGAGCUCCGGCCCCGACCUGACAACUCCUGGGACCCGACCUCCGAGCGGGCGAAGAAGAUGGCUAGGAAGGCUGAUGAGGAUGUGGACACAGCUGAUGUCAAGGAAGAGAAAGGCAACGAGGUCAUGAUGACGGAAGCUUUCGCAGAGGAGGAAGGAUUUUCGUCGGGUUCCAAGUUGGCAAAGUGCUUUGUGAAUCUUCCUCUCAAGUGGAGUUCGGAUAAAUUACAGAAUUUCCUCAAUGAACACGGGAUUCUGUUCAAGGCUGCUAAGAAGAAAAGGGGUAUGGUUGUGGGAUUUGUGACUUUUGAAAAUGCAGAGCAAGUGAAAAGUGCUGAGGAGCUAGAUGGAAAGGAGGUUGGCAACAAGACUUUGAAGGUUGCAGAUGUUAUUCCAAGGUCAUUUGAGAAACAAAAUAAAGAUGAAAAACAAGUCCUGUCUGGGGGCAGCUUGGACAUAUCCGGUGGAGCAAAUAAUAUUCAGUUAGGCGAAAAUUCAAUGAACAGUGAUUCUGUAGUGAAGGGUAGAAGUGCUCGUAGUGCAGUGACUCCUCUUGCUGAUGUGCCCUAUGCUGACCAACUGGAGGACAAGAAGAACUCUCUGAUGCAAACCCUAAAAAAACUUACUCGAAGUGCACGCAAAGCUUGUCCAAGUGGUGUUUCACUUCCGGAAUGGAUUAUCAAUUCAAGAGAUAUAGGUGGUCUCCCAUGCAAACUGGAGAGUGUAGUUGCAUCUCCACUUAUUAAUGGAUAUCGAAACAAGUGUGAAUUUUCUGUGGGUUAUUCCCUAAAAGGGAAACCUUGUGUAGGGUUUCUGCUUGGCAACUUCAGGGAGGGUGUGACUGCUGUCGAGGAACCCGUGGACUGCCCUAAUAUCUCCAGGGUUGCUUGUAGAUAUGCUGCUAUCUUUCAAGAAUUUCUACAACAUACGUCCCUACCUAUGUGGAACAGAUUGAAUAAUACUGGAUUUUGGCGUCAACUUACGGUUCGGGAAGGUCGAACACCAGGAAAAACUGCAGAGGUUGAAAAUCCCGAGUCACAUAUUUCAGACGUCAUGCUCAUGGUUCAGAUCUGCUCUGUUGGGCUUGAAUCUCAAUUAGUUAAUACUGAACUUCACAAGAUGGCCAAAGCCUUUGUUCAUGGGGCUUCUGCAGAACUUCCAGUGUUACCUCUAACAUCAUUGGUAGUUCAGGACCACACAGGUAUAUCAAAUGUAGCUCCAUCAGAUGCUCCUCUGAGGUCUCUUCCCAUUCUAGAAGAAGGAAGUGAUUAUAGAACAGAAGCAGCUGGUGCAAUUGCUGAAGCAAAAAUUCAUGAUUAUAUUAAUGGUCUUCAAUUUUGUAUAUCACCAACAGCUUUCUUUCAAGUCAACACCCUUGCAGCAGAGAAGCUGUACUCCCUAGCUGGGGAAUGGGCAGGUUUGGGUCCUGAUACGUUACUUUUUGACAUAUGCUGUGGAACUGGUACAAUCGGCCUGACUUUAUCUCACCGUGUUGGUAUGGUUGUAGGCAUUGAAAUGAAUUCUUCUGCAGUUUCAGAUGCUCAAAGGAAUGCAGAUAUUAAUGGCAUAAAAAACUCCAGAUUUAUUUGCGCAAAGGCAGAGGAUGUUUUGGGUUCUGUAUUGAAAGAGUACCUAGUGGGACCUCAGAUACAGGAUGAAUUAUCAAAGCCAUUAAAGAAGAGUGACCUGAAAAUUACCUCCCUCGAAGAAAAGGUUGACUCAGAAGAUAAAACGCCAGGAUCAGAGGAUCAAAAUGGCUUUGACCAGGAAAGUAGCAAAAGUGCGGCUGAAUUGUUAGAAAAUGGCAACAAAGAUACUGAAGAUCAGCUUCAUAUGAGGGGUGAAUCGGAGAAUACAACCACUCCAGUGCAAAAAUUUAACAAUGUUGUUGCAAUUGUGGAUCCUCCUCGUAUGGGACUUCAUCCUACUGUUAUCAAAGUUCUAAGGACCCAUCAACAGCUAAGGAGGCUUGUAUACAUUUCGUGUAAUCCUGAAAGCUUGGUGGCAAAUGCUAUUGAGCUUUGCACACCAUCUGCUGAAAAAGUUGUGAAAGACAAUAAUAAAAACAACAGAGUGUGGAAGAAUAUGAGCAGUGCCGGUCUUGCUCGACACAGGACCAAGUCCAUGCCUAAAUCAGAGCCUUUUAAACCUGUCAAAGCUACGGCAGUUGAUCUUUUCCCUCAUACCCCACAUUGUGAACUGGUCAUGCUUCUGGAAAGGUAAAUAUGACAAAUGUCAUGAGAAAUGGUCCUGGUUUGGCACUUGGGCAAGUUUAUUUGAGGAUCCUGAAGGUAGAAGGUUCCAUUUUCAAAUACGGGAAUGAUCAUAUGUUUCUAGUGGACACUGGAUUGAUUCACUAUAACUCCAGAUGAUUCCACUAGCACUUUUGAGGUUAUUAUUUGUUAAUUUUAUGAAAAAAUAUGAAUCAGUACUUUGAUGUUCUACAUCCUACUUCAAUAUUUUUAUCUCUUGAUAAACAUAUAAAGCUUUAAAGAAAAUUUCACAUGGUUCA